AUGUUUCGCUGUCUUCCACGGGCAUUCGCCUCCUCGUUCAGGCCAAGAGGGCUUUCAACGCGGGCCGCUCGACAUCUCCACGAUGUCGCUGGAGAUUUCACCAGCUACAACGCAAAGGGCGUCCCCAUCUCCAAAAAAGUUGACAUCGCCAUCGGUGAUCCAGAAAAUACCUUCGUCCUGGUGCCAAUAGAAGUCGGAAAUGCUUUUAAAGCUGCAGCCACACGCCACACUGAGUCCACCUCAUCGCCUCUAAUCAGUCAAGGCCCGCCAGAACGGUGCAAAGUUACGUUUUUCCACGACUCGCAGCACUUCAGCCUGGGGCCUUCGAGUUAUCCCCAGCUCCGUAUUCCUGCAAAUUUACCUCGCCAGACUGAUACAAACACGAGCCCAGCCACCAUAUACUUGGAUGGAGUGAUGAAUAGCAUCGUUUUGGACGGGACUCCCGAUGCGAGGUUUACUGAGAUGGCCAGCGCCAGCGCGCUGAAUCUGAAGGAAGAGCUCGACGAUUUGAAGAAUAGGUGA